CAGAGCUACAACACAAUGCCAUUAAAAAGAAAAAAUCUGUGAAGUGUCUAUGAGUCUGUGAAGUGAACUGAACUGUCAAUGUCAAGACAAUAUCACUCGCAAACUGAAACUGAUGAAAAAUAACCAAGAAAAAAGAAAAUAAACUUAUAGUGAAAAUUUAGGAAUUAAGAAUAGAAGUUAUUGAAAGCUUGGCAAAAUGGGAUCGCGUCAAAUCACGGAAAAGUCGCUGGUGAUGCUGCGAUCAUUACCCAGGUUAUCUUUAGCCAACAUUCGCGACAAUCCUGGAUCCAAAAAAAAUACAAAGCGAGGUCGUGGUCAACAUGGUGGUGAUAAGCAUGGAGCCGGCAACAAAGGUUCUGGUCAAAGACAAAAUUAUAUGAGACUUGGCUAUGAGACUGGAAAUAAUCCAUUCUAUCUUAGAAUGCCACACGAGCCUUACUACAAAGGCCAUCACCACAGGAGGGAGUACCCACCAAUUUCUCUUCUGGAAAUACAAAAACUAAUAGAUACUGACCUUAUAGAUAUUACCCAACCUAUAGAUAUAGCAAGUAUUGUUAAAUCAGGUCUUUAUAAUUUCUUUCCUGAUAAAAAGCAUUUUGGUAUAAACUUAACAGAUGAAGGUGUUGACAGUUUUGCUGCAAAAAUUAAUAUAGAAGUGCAAUGGGCAAGUGAACAAGUCAUUGCAGCUAUAGAGAAGAAUGGUGGAGUUAUAACAACUGCUUAUUAUGAUCCGCACAGCUUGUUUUUACUUAAAAAUCCAAAAAAAUUUUUUGAAUCAGGUCAAGCAAUACCUAGAAGAAUGAUACCACCAGCUGAUGUCAUUGAGUAUUAUACUAGUGCAGAAACAAGAGGCUACCUAGCUGAUCCUGAAAAGAUUUCACAAGAAAGGUUCAGAUUAUCUCAGAAAUAUGGAUAUGAAUUACCAAACAUUGAAAAUGAUCAAUGUUAUACUAUGUUAUGUGAAAGAAAAGACCCAAGACAGAUAUUUCAUGGUUUAGAACCUGGGUGGGUUGUGAAUCUAAAAGAUAAAUGUAUUUUAAAACCAAAAGAUGAUGAAUUGCUACAAUUCUAUGCAUCUUAAUUUAAUUUUAUUGUAAUUUAGAUACAAAUAAGUUAAAAAAAAUUAAAUUGUAAAAUAAAAAUGUUAGCUAAUGUA